AUGAGCUCCAAUGAGCCACUUGGCACACCAUCUGACUGUGCUGAGAGCUCACUAAAGACUGAGCCUACUGAGAUCCUGAACAGUGGCAAGACUGUGACUCCUGAGGAUACCAAGAGUGAGGGAGGAGUUGGUAACAAAAGGAAGAGAUCCAUGCUGGCAGAAGAGGAUGUUGUUCUAUUCACUGGCAUGGCAGAGGCAGUGAAGGAUGUUGUUGAUGCUAUUAGGUCGACCAAGGUUGAGGAUUCCCAUCCUGAGCUGUAUGGUGCUGUUAUGUUUGUGCCAGGCUUCACUGAUAAAGCACUGAUGUGUGCUUAUGGCCAUCUGCUGGACAACAAGGCCUUGGGUUCAGCUUUUGUCAAGAUGUCUGACUCCCACCGAAUUGGAGCCGUUGGAAUUCAGGAGCUUGCUGGCCAUGGUCGAAGGGUUCGGGGAUGGAUUGAGGCGUGGAGGAAGAGGAGGAUAGUAGCUUCCUCUUCUUCGGUGCUCGGGUCUGGGCUCGCGGGACGGGGUCGUGGGAGCGAGCAUGGCGGCGGGCUGGAACUGCGACAGAUUACCACGUUACCCAAGCAGGCACACCUUACUAAGAAGGUAGGGCUUGAAAUUAUGGAUUUGUUUGCAAUUGACUCAGAUAGUGAGUCAUAUACUGGGACCAGUGACAGUGAAGACCAAGAAUGUGAAUUUGCAUAUAGCGACCAUGCCCAAAACAUCUUGUCCAGCCUGGAUGAGAGCAUUGGCAAGAUUGAUAAUUUUCUGACUUUUGAAAGGGGAUUUCUGCAUGGGGAUAUAGUCUGCCCUGUUUCUGAUCCCUCAGGUCAGCUGGGACGUGUUGUUGGUGUUUCAAUGCUUGUUGAUUUGGAGACAAGCUCAGGUGACAUAAUUAAAGAUGUAAACAGCAAGAAGCUAUCAAGAGUGAGAUCUUUUGUUUCCGGUGACCGCGUUGUUAUGGGGCCAUGGAUUGGACGAGUGAUCAGAGCAUUUGAUCUUGUCACACUUUUGUUCAGUGAUGGAGCGAAGUGUGAAAUCCUGUUAAGGGAUUCGGAUGUACUGAAGCCCGUUCCUCCUAUUCUUUUUGAAGAUGCACCUUACUUUUAUUAUCCUGGCCAACGUGUGAGGAUAGUCGAUCCGUCAGUUUCCAAGUCGGCAACAUGGUUGUGUGGAUCAUGGAGGCCCAGUAGAGAUGAUUGUAUUGUCUCUCAUGUUGAUGUAGGGCUGGUGCAUGUGAACUGGAUCACAUCUGUGACCAAUGUUUGGGGAGAUAAAUCAUCAAGUCCUCCAAACAUUCAGGACCCAAAGAAGCUCGCAUUGCUGUCAUGUUUCCCUUACGCUAAUUGGCAACUAGGUGAUUGGUGUGCUCUUAUGGCCGACAAUAAUGGAUGUCUCUGGAUGGAUUCUGGCAAGUCUUGUAUUCUUAGUGAAGACCAUAAGUGUGACUCUCAUGGGCACAUGUAUUUCGAAAGUUAUGGUUCAGAUUGUUCUCAAACAUAUGUUGUUGCCAAGACAAAGAGCACUGUUGAUGUUCUGUGGCAGAAUGGAACUGUAUCUCUUGGUCUAGAACCCCAGGCAUUAGUCCCUGUGAGUACCCUUGGUGACCAUGAUUUUUGGCCAGGUCAAUAUGUCCUAGAAAAACUGACUGUAGAGGACGCUGCAAGAUGUCAGCGAACGGCAAUAGUGAGAGAUGUGGAUGCACUGGAGCGGACAGUAAAUGUAAAAUGGAUUGGUCCAGCACAUAGUGACACUGUCAGCUAUGGAAGUGACCCUGCAGUGGAGACUGUAAGUGUUUAUGAGCUAGUAGAGCACCCAGAUUUCUCCUUCUGCACUGGUGAGGUCGUUAUCAGGUCAGCUGUGAACAUAGACAAGUCUGAAGCAGAUCUCACAAAUGGGUCAUUAGCAAGCAAAGAAUCAUUGGUUACCUCCUCUGGCUUCUUAUCAUGCAUCGGAAAUGUACUUGGGUACAAGGACAAUGGAAUUGAAGUGCAAUGGGCUAAUGGUGUGAUAUCCAAGGUGCAACAUUUUGAGAUAAUUGGAUUGGACAAGCUUCUUGAUAAUAGUUCUCUAGAAUCAAUGAAUGAGGAACAUACAAUUGGUGAUUCGCUAGACGAGGCUGAGCAGCUGGAAAUGCACCAUGAGAUUGCUCUGGAGUCUACUGAAGGCUGCACUGUGUCCUUGUGCAAAGCCACUGCUUUUCUAUUUCCCAAGACAGCUUUUGACUUCCUGACAAAUGUGGCUGCUAGUUUGUUUGGUACUCAUGGUUCUUCAUCUCCAAGCUCAGUUUUGGUAGAUCCUCGAUAUGAAAUUGUGAAGAUGGCAGAAAUGCAGCCAUGUGCAGAAGAAUUGCCAAAAGAAAAACAGAUAGUGAAGUUUGUGGCGCAGAUUGAGAAGCCAAUUCUCUCUUCAGGAGAUGCCAUCUCAAAAAGAUUUGAUGUGGUCACUGACUGUUUGGAUCAUCAUUUUGUGAAGGAAAAUGGCCAUGAAAGUGUUACAAGAGGUUGGCUGAAGAAGGUGCAACAGGAAUGGAACAUCCUGCAAAAGGAUCUACCAGAUGGUAUUCAUGUGAGAGUUUAUGAGGAAAGGAUGGAUCUUCUGAGGGCUUGCAUUGUUGGGGCAGCUGGAACACCUUAUCAUGACAAUCUUUUUUUCUUUGAUAUUUUCUUUCCUCCUGACUAUCCCCAUGAACCACCUUCUGUUCACUAUCACUCUGGUGGUCUCCGUUUGAAUCCAAAUUUGUAUGAAUCGGGAAAAGUAUGUCUCAGCCUCCUGAAGACAUGGACAGGAACUGGUAAUGAAGUGUGGAAUGCUGAGAACUCAACUGUUCUUCAGCUGUUGUUAUCGCUUCAGGCCCUUGUUCUCAAUGAAAAACCUUAUUUCAAUGAGGCAGGAUAUGACAAAUUUGUGGGUAAGGCUGAUGGAGAGAAGAACUCCAUCACGUACAAUGAGAAUGCUUUCCUGCUGUCAUGCAAAUCCAUGAUGUAUGUUUUACACAAGCCACCAAAGCAUUUUGAGAAGUUGGUCAAGGAGCAUUUCACUUGUCGUGCCCCACACAUUCUGGAUGCUUGUGAGGCUUAUCUUGGGGGUGAUCUCGUUGGACAUGCGCACGACAAAGCAUACAUAUCAGAGGACGGCAGCAAGAACUGUUCAACCGGUUUCAAGAUAAUGCUUGGUAAGCUUCUGCCGAAGCUUGUUACUGCCUUCUGUGAGGCUGGUAUCACCAGUGACCUGUAA